AAUGACAAACCCGACAAGCAAUAUUCCUGAUACAUAAAGUUUGAUCCGUGAAUUUGAUGAGGAUCUCCAUUAAAUCAUUAUACUAGUAAUAAAUACAAUAGCGCAUUUACCCAAUUAUAAUGACAUAUAAAGUGUAUAGACAAAAUAAAAAAUAUGCACAUUGUCUUAAUGCAAUGCACUCAUCUCCUCCAUACAGUUCUGGCUUGGAUGUGAAUUAGUAGAACAAAAAGCUAACUAACGAAAGGGAAACAACAGUGAAUAGAGAAACUUUAUCAAAAGCUUAUUGAUCUUCUGA